UUUUGUAGUCUGCUUUUCGGCUGAAGUUGUGUUUUUUUUCAGUCGUUUCGAUAUUGUCUUUUUACUACUUUGUUAAAAAUAAAAUAAAACCUUCUCGUUUUGAGACAGAAUCAUUGCCUGCAUAAACUGAGCGUUUUCCUAUGUAGCGUGCAAACAUGACGCGUACCUCACAUUAAGAUCUGCGUCGUGUCGCAAGACGUACAGAAUGAACACGUCAGAACAAGUCUGAGCAGGCAGCCCAUGGAAACAGGCAUCAAGUCUGUAAUGUACUCCCGCAGUCAGCUGAGUGCUGGCCAUUCUUCCAUUCUGUUACUGUGGUGCGGUCAGCCGCGUCCCAGUAAAACCACAUACAGAACUGCACUGGUCUCGCGGGCUGGAUCCAGUCAUGCAGCAGAGCUCGUCUCCUGGAAUCCGUCUCUCCACACACCUGGUGUGCUUCGGGCUGCCCAUGGACCUGCGUCGAGUUUAAAAAAAGGAAUUGGAAAUGUAAUUAGAAUUGAAAACACCCGCUGUGUUGCAGACAUGUCGGCUGUGCAGUACCUGUGCGCUCACUGCAGGUGUGAUGAAGCGCUGGGCACGCUGUUUAAAACAGCCUUCAGCCAGCAGGACAGAGACAGGGAUGGGCUGCUCAGCAUGAAGGAAACAGAGCAGGCUCUCCUGUCCCUCUUCAUCCUCCACCCGGAUCACCUGAGCCGGCUGAGAGAGCUGCUGAGAGCCGGCAGGGAACUCCGAACAGACCUGCCGCUCUUCACUGCAAUCUCUGCUCUCACCACUAGGGUGCUGCUCAAAGAACCGCAGAGUGACGCAGUGAAGCCAGAGUCAAUAUCCGGGAAGGAGGGUCUGGAGCUGGCUGAUUUCUUCGCUCUGAACUGGAAGCUUGAGAAUAUCAGCGUGCGGGACGAUCUCCGAGCCCUGUUGAUGUACCUCGCCUGAGGGGGGAUCAGAGAGACAUACUAAACCAGUUGGGCUUUAUUAAACACAAAUGCCUCCAGCAUCUUCCUGGCUAUUCAACACAUAACCUCCCCCUGCUGGACUCUGAGUUGCUUGCUUGCUCUGUAUGUACUGUAUAGAGACAUCUGUAACAGGCCUAGCCACCUGAUGGGCAAUAAACAGAUUACACCCUUUCAUGGGUUUGUUA